GCCGGCUGACUUUGCCUGUGCAGCUCAGUCGCUUCACCUUCACGUGUGUGAAUCGAAAUUCAAGUUUCAGACAUGCAGGCUGCGUUGGACAUUACAGCCAAAUUCUGCCAGAAGGAGAUGGAAGAGUACGGAGCCUGCGUGGCCGCCAAUCCAUCAACAUGGCAAGAACACUGUCACCACCUGAAGGUGAAGGUGGCGCAGUGCACUUCCUCUCAUCCAGUGAUUAGGAAAAUCCGAGCAGACUGCGCCAGAGAAUUUGCCGAGUUUGAGCGCUGCCUGCAGGAGAACCAGUCCUCUGCUCAGGCCUGCUCUCCACACGUGGCACGCUUUCUGACCUGCGCCAACACUGUGGACGUUAAAGGAUUAGUGAAUCCAGAAUCUCAGCCCACAUAAAACCCAACCAGAAACCUUCUUCCAUCGCCGAGGGAUUAAUUUAUGGAUCUUAUUUGCUUAAAGGGAUCCUCUAGUGGAUUUACUCCUUAAACUUAAAGUAUUCGUAGAUUUUAACAGUCAAAAAUUCAUUUUCAGAAACCAAACAGUGUCCUAGAAAUUAAUUUUUAUUAAAAUACCAGAUGAGCGUUCCGCGGAAGUGACAUAUGCGAUGACGUGGCGUAGUGGAAGCUUGGAGCAACUCUGCUGUUUAUAUCCUCUGCUUACAUCAUGGUUUUGUUAGUAGAGUUUGAACGAAUCAUCUAACGAGACACUCAUCUCCCAGCAGAGAACGCUGCAUAAUCUUGUCUUCGAAGACGACUGUCUCUGUCUGGAUUUCAACACUGACGUCUGUUUGCACAGCGAUAUCCCUCUUUCUGGUCAAUUCACGUUCCUAGGACGUAAAACAAAACUGAAACUAUCAUGAAGUAAAACUUUGGAAAUUUCAAA